AUGCAAGAAGGAAGUGUAAGACAGGACGCAGAGACAUGACUUAGGUACCUUACCUCAAAAACUGACAAGCAGCUGCUAGAUCUUUCAGCUCUAAACAGGCUAACUAAUAUAAUUACCAAAAAUCCAGAGUAUAAAGAACUUUUUGCAGCAUUACUAAUAGCCGCUCUUGAAACUGAACGUGAAAAUCAUGCAAUUAUGGUUUUGCACAUAAUUAAUACCAUUGUAUAUAUACCAAAUUUUUCUAUAAUAAUCCCUUUAUUAUUAUAUUUUAUAUAAAAAUCGAAUAUUUUACCUCAGAAUAACUUUCGCUUAAUUUCCAAAGACACAGCCGACGCUGAAUUUUUAGGAAAAAUUUUAGAUCUAGGCCUUGAUGUCAUGGAAAGGCAUUUAUCAAGAGACUGAAAAGAAUGGGAAAACCAGCUCGGCAAGACCCUUUUAGAAUGAAAAUUAAACUAUAAAAUAGAAAACAGACUUACCCCAAGCAUUUGUAAACUUAUGGAACGCAAAGAAAAAGAAGCAGUUAACCUUAAAGAUGUCCAUAAUACUUUAUUAGAAGUAAAUGAAGGGUUUUCUGACUCCCCCCCCCCCCCCCUCCGUGAGCGAACAAAAAAAAUUUUGUUCGCUCACGGAGGGGGGUUAAUUUUUUUUUUUUAAAAAAAAAUUUAUAUAUAAAUUUUAUAAAAAAUAUUUUUUUCGAAAUUUAAAAAAAUCCUAAUUUGCAAAAAUUGGGAAGCAAAUAUUAAUUUAAUUUGCAAAAUUUAUGUUUUAAAACGCAAUUUGUUUAAAAUUAAACAGAAUUAGCUCUAGAUUUCAUUAUACUAAUUAUCACUUAUAUAUCAAAAUUUUUUUCCAUUAAAAUUUUUUCUAUUAAAAAAAUUUUUGUUCACUCACGGAGGGUGGGUUUUUGGUCAAAAAAUGGCGAUUUUUCUAAUGGUUUUGUUCGCUCACGGAGGGGGGGGGGGAGUGAGUAUUUAAAGGUAAAUACUACAGAAGCUGUGGCAACGCAUAUGCUGAGAGUGUGGGAAUUUUCGUUUAGAAAUGCUGAGCCGAAUAAAGAACCAUAUAGGCACCAGAUUUUGAAUUAUACGAAUGCGGAGGGAUGGCAAAUACUUAUAAAUAUAACUAGGCAAUAUUUAUAUCAUUAUUUGUCAAUAAUUUUAUAAGCCAAUGAAUUUUUAAUGCCAAAAUAUAUAAUUUCUUAGAUUUUUAAGGCAAUUAUUAUAGAUAAAGGCAUAGUGUCCAUGCUGACAUCAGAAAAUAACAAAAAUUUAGUCUUCAGAAACAUAGGAAGUGACAAACUUGCCAUUUUCCCUCAAGUUUUCGUAACAAUGCACGCAGCUACCUUUAUCGAAAGCAUCGUCGGGGCUUGUGUCCGUGCCUUAGUAAAUCUCUUAAAAACAUCAGAUACUAGAGCCAUUAUAAAAUCUCCUCAAUACAAAACCUACAUCGUCGAAUUAAUUUCAUUUUUUAAAUACACGCUCGAAAAUAUGCACUCUUUAUCUCCUUAUUUAUCGAAAUUCAUAUGUGAAGUCUGCAAUAUUAUUACAGAAAUUAAAGGGACUGAGGAUUACUGGAAUGAAUUAAAUGGCCUUCUAAUUUUAUAGAAAUUUUAUAUGAUUUUAAGGUAAAUUUAUAUAGAAAAUAAUUUUUUUUAUUUUAGAGAAAUAAGGGAUAAAGCUAUUAGCGCCUUAUGUAUCAAACCCGGUGAUGGCUGGAAUUGUAGAGUACGCUGAUUUAAAUGCAGUACAGCUACUUACAUAUACAGCAAAAAUCAUACAGCACUGCUGGGUCGGCAAACAAAUAGAAAACGGCGAUCUCAGUGAGCUAGUCUGGCUUAAUGAAGAAAUCCCUAAAUGGAAAAUCGAGCUCCAAAGGUCAUUUGAAAGGAUGUAUAGGUCCAGAAAAGGAGAACCCCGGACUAUUGCGCUUCCAAAAACCCUUAUUUUAUAUGACUUAUCCCAAAUUAAAUCCAAGCUGAAAGACUUCGAAUGGACAAAAAUCCAUUCUCCCCCUAAAAAUGUGUUUAAAAAGCCAGAAGUGGUGAUUUCUCAUACAGAAGGAGAUGAAAUUGAAGAAAAUAUAGAAAUUGAAGAAGAAAUCAAUGUGGAGCCUGUAGGGUCGCCGACUUUUAAAGAGCCAAAGCUACAAGAGCUAAAACCUCCAGACCCUCUGGAAGACUCCACCCCUUCUAUGCAGACAAUUCCAGCCUUCCUUGGGUUUCAGGCUUCUCCUAACCCAAAAAUUGUGCAUACGGCACCACCUGACAUUUUUAAAACAAAAAAUGUGGAAAUUAUUCGAGAAGAAACCAAGGAAACUGAUAAAGUUAUUAUUGUAAGGGAUCCAGAGCUGCAGCAAAUAAAGGAAGAGCCAGAAAUUGUGAUGCAAAAUCAGAAUCUUGCCCAACUGUGGAAUAUCAGUAAAUAUACACAAACUAACGAGUUUUCUGUACAAGGCGCUUUUGCACAGACUGAAAUUAAACAAGUUUUGCAGAAAUCGGUACAAACAGAAGGCGAGUAUUCACAAAAUAAGCCAACUCAGACAGACCUGGAUAUGGACACCCUUAAAAUGAUGCAGAAGUUUGAGGUUUCCAAGCUUGCUUUAAAUAAAGAGACAUACAUUGAUCCAAAUUUAAUAGGAAGAACAGAUGAUGAGAUGUAUUUAAAAACACAAGUUGAAAAAUUGCAAGCUUAUCAAGCUGAAGAAAGCGAAAGACUGAGAAAAAUUAUCCAAUUUUGCGUUUAUUAUUAAUAUAAAAAAUUAAUAUUUUUUAAACACAUAUUUUAUAUAUACAAUAUUAGGCUAAUUUUUCUAAUAAAAAUAUCUAUUUUUCUUAAAUUCUGUCUUGAAGAGCCAUUAAAUUAUCAAAGUAUAAUAAAGAAUAAUGAUUUUUGGGCUAACCAAUUCAAAGAAGUCAAAGACGAAAACAUCAGACUCAAACAGAAAAUUAAAGAGCUUGAAGAGAUGCCCAGAUACAAAACUGAUGAAGAGCCUCCACAAGGUUUUGAAACUUAUCGAACUUUUUCACAUAGGGUGCUAAGAGAAGAGCUGGUUGAAAAAUUUUUAGUGAGGGAUGAAAACUUGCUAAAAAAAUGCGACCCUUAUUACUAUUUAGGGAUUGAUGAUGGAGCCAGAACGGUAAGGGACCAUAGAAGUGUAGAUUUUGACUCAGAAAGAUAUAAAAGAAGGGAAGAGGAAAGGUGGAAAUCAAUACAGACAGAACGUUAA